AUGGUGCGAUGCGACCGCGGGCUGCAGAUGCUGCUGACCACGGCCGGAGCCUUCGCUGCCUUCUCGCUCAUGGCCAUCGCCAUCGGCACCGACUACUGGCUGUACUCCAGCGCGCACAUCUGCAACGGCACCAACCUGACUAUGGACGAUGGACCCCCGCCCCGCCGCUCUCGCGGCGACCUCACCCACUCGGGACUGUGGCGGGUGUGUUGCAUCGAAGGCAUCUAUAAAGGACACUGCUUCAGGAUCAACCACUUCCCAGAGGACAACGAUUACGACCAUGACAGCUCAGAGUACCUCCUCCGCAUCGUGCGAGCCUCCAGCGUCUUUCCUAUCCUCAGCACCAUCCUGCUCCUUCUUGGAGGGCUCUGCAUCGGCGCUGGGAGGAUCUACAGCCGCAAGAAUAAUAUUGUCCUCAGUGCAGGCAUCCUCUUUGUGGCUGCAGGCCUCAGUAAUAUCAUUGGCAUCAUCGUCUACAUCUCCAGCAACACAGGAGACCCCAGUGACAAACGUGACGAAGACAAGAAGAACCAUUACAACUACGGCUGGUCUUUUUACUUUGGAGCCCUGUCGUUUAUUGUGGCGGAGACCGUGGGUGUCCUGGCUGUAAACAUUUACAUUGAGAAAAAUAAAGAGUUGAGGUUUAAAACCAAGCGGGAAUUCCUUAAGCCCUCCUCCUCCUCACCGUACGCCAGGAUGCCGAGCUACAGGUACCGGCGACGGCGGUCCAGGUCCAGCUCACGAUCCACCGAGGCCUCGCCUUCCAGGGAUGCAUCUCCCGUGGGCCUGAAGAUCACCGGGGCCAUUCCCAUGGGUGAGCUGUCCAUGUACACGCUCUCCAGGGAGCCCCUCAAAGUAACCACAGCUGCCAGUUACACCCCGGACCAGGAUGCUGGCUUCCUUCAGAUGCACGACUUCUUCCAACAGGACCUAAAGGAGGGUUUCCACGUCAGCAUGCUGAACCGGCGGACGACUCCCGUGUGA